UCCAGCAGCCGCCCGGCACCGUGCGCACCGACCGGGCCGCGCAGAGAGAAGAGCGCGCGCGUCCAGAGGAGCGACAGAGCCCGCAAAUACAGGACAGACACCUGUCGUUUCUACCCGAGUCCGAACCACGCAAGGAUUCUGAGGUGGGGGGUAGGAUGGAAGAUUUGGGGAAAGUAUCCCCAUCUAACCUCAGAGUUCCGGUCAUGUUUGACUCCUGGCGAAAGUGGAGCCGAACGUUUUUGCGCGUAACCGGACUCGCUCGCCGUCUCCGCGCGUAAAAUGAAAAAGGCGUGCGAUGGUUUCGGCUCUCUGGUAACUAUGGGCGCGCGAAUCGUGGAGUCCAACUCCAGCGGCAACUUGACUCCCUUCGUGUCCGAGGCCGGGCCCGCGCUGCCCGGCUACCUGGCGGUGAUCCUGUCGGUGCUCAUGGUGACUCUGGUGGUCGUCGUGGUGGCCGGAAACGCGCUGGUCAUCAUGGCUUUUAUUGUGGAUAAAACCCUGAGGACUCAAAGCAACUACUUCUUUCUCAACCUGGCCAUCUCUGAUUUCCUCGUGGGGGCCUUCUGCAUCCCGAUGUACAUCCCGUACAACCUGACAGGCCGAUGGAUGCUGGGUAAAGGGCUCUGCAAGGUGUGGCUGAUCAUGGACUACCUGCUCUGCACGGCCUCCGUCUUCAACAUCGUCCUCAUUAGUUACGACCGCUUCCUGUCCGUCACGAGAGCGGUCAAAUAUCGGGCGCAGCGGAACAUGACCCGCCAGGCCGUCCUCAAGAUGGUGGCGGUGUGGGCGCUGGCCUUCCUCCUUUACGGCCCCGCCAUCAUCUUCUGGGAGGGGGCCGUCGGGCAGAGCGUCGUCCCGGCGCACGAGUGCUACGCCGAGUUCUACUUCACCUGGUACUUCCUGCUCAGCGCCUCCACCUUCGAGUUCUUCGCCCCCUUCGUGUCCGUGGCGUUCUUCAACCUCAGCAUCUACCUGAACAUCCACCAGAGGACCAAGACCGUGAGCGCCGGCGUGGACGACGAGGUCAGGGUGCAGCGGGUGCCCAAGCGGCACCGAGACGGGGCCGGGCGCUCCGUGUCCUUCGUGAAGACCCGCAAGGUGUCGUCCACCGAGCCCACCGCCAUCUCGGCGGUCAUCGAGGACAUUGCCGACGUGCUGUCCCCGUCCUCCUGCGGGGACGCCGACAACACGCAGAUCUUCAUGAGGACCGAGAAGUUCUCCCCGGACAGGAGGAACCGGCGGCUGUUCCAGGGCUCCGCCCUCUGCGCGGCGCCGGGCCGGAGGACGCAGGCGUCCCGCCUCUCCCGGGACAAGAAGAUCGCCAAGUCUUUGGCCAUCAUCGUGUGCAUCUUCGGGAUCUGCUGGGCUCCCUACACCCUCCUGAUGAUCAUCCGCGCCGCCUGCAGCGGCGAGUGCGUGGCCAACCACUGGUACGACAUCACCUUCUGGCUCCUGUGGCUGAACUCGGCCAUCAACCCGUUCCUGUACCCGCUGUGCCACAGCAGCUUCCGCAGGGCCUUCGCCAAGAUCCUGUGUCCCAAGAGGCAGUCGGUGCAGCCGCAGAUCGAGGCGCAGUCGUGUUAGACGGACGAGUCAAACACUGUAAAAAAAUCAUUCUGUUCUUCCAUCCAAAAAAAAAGAAGGUGAAGCUGUUUCACGGCGCAUUACACGGCAAAACGUUGCAGCACAGGCGUCACGUUACCAGCGGACCUCAUGUGACCUGUACAGCGCCCCC